GCGAAAUGCCAGUGAAGGGAGUUUUGUGAGAGGAACAGCGGUGCUGGAGGCAGAGGAAGAGGCGCGACACGGCUGAGCUAGACAUUCGUGCUUGGCUCCAGCGAUGGUAUAGGAUGGUCGUUGAGGUUGUCGGAGGGAGUUGUCGACGUUAGGUCCGUCAAGAAUCAGGAUUACCAGGGCCCGGUCGCGGAAAGGCCCCGGGCACCUCGCCACCGGCUCCAGCACCAGCGGCCGAAGUUGUGGAACCCGGGAGUGAAGACUGUUGAUGUCAAACAGAGAACAUGGCGUUGUGCCCCUGCACCAUGACUCACAAGGAAUCUGAGCUUGAUGGAUGUCACUCCUCAGCAGAGCCAGGACUGAAAGUGCAUCUGUACUGGUCGAAUGAAGGCACGAAAGACCUUGUGUUCAGUGAUGGAGAAAUGUUUGCAGAGGAUGUGUGCAUUGCCGCAGCACAGAAAUGCUCCAUUUCCCCACUGUGCCAUAGUUUAUACGCAUUAUGUGACCUAAAAGAAAAUCUUUGGUAUCCUCCAAAUCACGUCUUCAAGAUCAACAAGGACCUGUGUCUGACCCUACAUUAUCGCAUGAGGUUUUAUUUCAAGAAUUGGCAUUGCCUGACUGAAAAAGAAUCUUGGGUACAACGAUGGACUCCAAAGAAGGGUGAUCCUGUCAAACUCGACCAAGCCAGCCCUCUGUUUGAUCACAUGUCACUGAAUUAUAUCUUUGCACAGAGUAAAUAUGAUUUCAUAAAUGGCAUUGCUCCACUCCGAGAACUGCAGAAAGAGCAGGAUGUACACAUCUUCCAAAAUGAGAGUCUGGGAAUGGCUGUUCUUCACCUUUCAUACAUCGCAGUCCAAAGUGGCCGAUCGCUGGGGGAUGUGUCUAAAGAAGUGAGUUUUAAGGAGUGCAUCCCAAAGGCGUUUCGUUCAAAAAUCGAGAAGAGCAAUCCCUUGACUAGGAUCCGCCUAAAACGUGGUUUUCGAAAAUUUGUGAGGGGCUUCCAGCUGCCUGUUGCUGGUUGUGGGAAGAUGAUCCAGCAUGAUAUUAUAUUCAAAUAUAUCUCCACUUUGGAGAACCUGUGCACCAACUUUGGAGGCGAGAUCUUCCAGGCUCUGUACUUGGAGGUGCUGCCAGAAAGCAGUAGGACUCCUUACAUAAAUGGCCGGUAUUAUGUGAAGACCACAGAGGACGUUUUCUACCCUGCACAGGUUACCCAGGAGUAUGAAGUGCUGGUGACAGGGACAGAGGGCAUACAGUGGAGAAUGUUGAAGAAGGAGCCUCUAGCUGUCAAAAAAACUGGAUGGAAAGGAAAAGCUGGAGACCACAGUAAUAACAAAGUCAAUGAAGCAAUGGAAUUCACUGAGAAGCCGUGGUCAUAUUUCUGUGAUUUUAAGGAGAUUACGCAUAUUGCCAUUUCUGACUGUAGGGUCAGUGUUCAUCGACAGGAUAACAAAUGUCUGGAUCUGGUACUGACCUCGCAUAAAAUUGCACUUUCCUUUGCGUCACUGAUUGAUGGUUACUCUCGCCUGACGACUGAUUCACACCACUACCUGUGUCAUGAGGUGGCUGCUCCACGGGUUGUCCUGAGCAUCACCAGUGGUAUCCAUGGACCAAUGCAACCACAUUACGUCAACAACAAGCUCCGAAGAGAGGAGAACAAGGAGGGGCUUUAUGUUCUGCGAUGGAGCGCUUUAGACUUCAACAAGAUCAUCAUGACAGUUGUGAGUAAAGAGACACCUGAGUAUGAAUUAUUUCGCAGUUCUGGAGGAAUUCAAGGCAUUAAGCAAUUUCAGAUUUUGAGGAAGGCAUCAGAUGCAUUUGUGCUCCAGGGUUGGGAGCGAUCAUUUCCUAGUGUUAAAGAGCUUCUUGAGAACCUGAAAGGCUGUGUGCUGAAAUCGGGGAAUGAGAACUACGUGGUCAAUAAGUGUUGCCCACCUCUCCCUCAUGAAUUCUCCAACUUGCUGAUCAUAAGAAACAGCAAAGAUGCUGAUAUUCGACCACUCACGGCCCAGCUAAAUUUGAGCCAGCUUAGCUUUCACCAGAUACGGAAGGAGGAAAUAGUUCAGGAGCACCACUUGGGACGAGGCACCAGAAUGAAUAUCUAUGCUGGUAGGUUUUGUAUCCGAUGUGAAGAGGAGGAAGAUGAGGAAGAUAUGAAUUCUUCCAGUGGAGUGAGGCACAGUGAAGCAAGGGAUAUCCGUGUGGUGCUGAAAGUGCUUGACCCCAGUCACAGGGACAUUGCACUGGCAUUCUUCGAGCUUGCUAGUCUGAUGAGUCAAAUUUCUCACGCUCAUUUGGCCUUUGUUCACGGAGUCUGUGUGCGAGGCUCAGAAAAUAUAAUUGUGGAAGAAUAUGUGGAAUUCGGACCACUGGAUGUCAUUUUGCGAAAAGAGAAAGGGAAAAUGAGCCCAGGAUGGAGUCUGACUGUCAUUCAGCAGCUUGCCAGUGCGCUGAGUUAUCUGGAGGACAAAAACAUGGUGCACGGUAAUAUUUGCUGCAAGAAUGUCCUUGUUGCAAGGAAAGGGCUGGAGGAGGGCAGUAGCCCCUUUAUCAAAGUCAGCGAUCCAGGCAUCAGCAUCACGGUGCUUUCUCGAGGAGAGCGGGUGGAGCGAAUACCUUGGAUUGCCCCAGAAUGUGUCCAGAACGUUAACAAGUUAAGCCUGGGUGCCGACAAAUGGAGCUUUGGAACAACAGUGCUGGAGAUCUGUUGCAGUGGGGAGGUUCCGCUGAAGGAACGAACUCUGUCAGAGAAAGAGAGGUUUUAUGAGAUGAAAGGAAAUCUUCCAGAACCAUCCUGUAAAGAACUUGCAGACCUGAACAGCCUGUGCCACAGCUAUGAGCCAAACCAGCGGCCAUCAUUCAGGACAAUACUGCGGGAGCUCACACUGUUGCAACAACAAAAUCCAGAUAUUUCAUGCGAAAACUCUGUGCCUACAGUCUCCGACCCCACUGUCUUCCAGAAACGCUACUUGAAGAAAGUCCGAGAUCUUGGAGAGGGCCAUUUUGGCAAGGUGGGUCUGUACAUCUAUGACCCAUUUAAUGAUGGCACAGGGGAAGUGGUGGCGGUGAAAUCACUGAAGUCAGAUUGUGGCGAAGAACUCCGUACGAGCUGGACCCGAGAGAUCGAGAUUCUGAAAACACUCUACCAUGAUAACAUUGUCAAGUACAAAGGAAGCAGCAGUGAACAAGGAGGGCAGAUUGUACAGCUGAUCAUGGAAUACCUGCCACUGGGCAGUCUGCGGGACUACCUCCCGAAGCACAGCGUGGGACUUGGGCAGCUCCUAUUGUUUGCACAGCAGAUUUGUCAGGGCAUGUCCUACCUACAGUCCCAGCGUUAUGUGCACCGUGACCUGGCUGCAAGAAACGUACUGGUGGAAAACGAGAACGUGGUAAAGAUUGGGGACUUUGGGCUGGCAAAAGCAAUCCCUGAGCACCAGGACUACUACCGAGUCAAGGACGAUGGAGACAGCCCUGUGUUUUGGUAUGCCGUUGAUUGUCUGAAAGAAGGAAAAUUCAAUUUUGCCUCCGAUGUUUGGUCAUUUGGAGUCACAUUGUAUGAGCUGCUGACGUACUGUGAGGCUCGACUGAGCCCGCCUGCGAAAUUUAUUGAGAUGAUUGGAGUGACGCAUGGACAGAUGACAGUGGUCCGACUAAUUGAAUUGUUGGAAAGGGGCAGACGCUUGCCUUGUCCAAAGUCCUGUCCAUGGGAGGUCUAUCAGCUGAUGAACAAGUGUUGGGAUUCUGACCCAGCUCAGCGACCCAAGUUUCAAGAGUUGUUCCCAAUAUUUCAGAAGCUGUACGAACGAUACAAGAAGAUCGAAAGUUCAAGCAUUCUCCAGAAGUGAUAAACACCAGAAGCUUCCAACCAAACAUCAUCUUCCUUUAUUACACUCUCUGCCACCCUCCCAAUUUCCUCCCCAUCUCUGCCGAAUAGAGUCAUCAAUCAUUGCAUCAGCGCCAAAAGCAGUAGCCAUUUUGUGAACAGCAAGCUCCCAAAGGUAGCAUUGUAAUUGUUUUUGGUGUUUGGUCCUGGCUACACGUUGGCCUGUAUUUCACAGAGUAUGCUGGAACUCUUCAAACAAUGCCAAAACAGGGAGGCAAGGCCUUUGCAUUGUAUCUCAGUCGGAAGGUAUGAAUAGCACUGGUCACUUCUUUAACUGUACAUGAUUGCUGUUCAGUGAAGAUUUUGGAGAAUUGUAGCCAAGAAAUGCCAUUUGAAGAAAAGACUUCUGCUGAACUUCAAAGUUUUGUUUUAACUCCUUCAGAAAUUCGGAAAGGGAGUUUGAACUUGACGUGAUAUCAUGAUAAUCAAGUGUGCAACUGCACAUAUACUACACUUUGUUAACUUUUGCGAAGUUCAACUGUCGAGGAUAAUCGAGCAUUGGGAAAUGCAAUUUGAUUUUUCCCAUGAAUAAUGUCUGUGAGAAUCUUUAUAAAGCUUAAAAGAUGCAGUUUAGUGUCUGCUGUGUCACACUGCAAAACUGAUAUAGCAUUGUUUAUUUCUGAACUGUGAUAAGAGUUUACUGAUGCAUCUGACCCUGUUACUUUUUAAUACUGUCAAUAUUUGUGUUCUGUGUACUUUGUUUUUUUUGUUAUGAAAUAUAAUGGAAACAAAUUAACUUUUGGGAUAUACUGUCAAAGUUUAUCAUGUUGAGAAAGAAUAAUGUCUGCCACCUUCUCGAAUGUGGCUCUCACCUAGCAGUGUUGCAUGCCUCUGCAUUAUUCCUGCCAAAUAAUGUUACCUAGCAUCAUGUUAAAGGAGGGUAUACCUCACUUGUUCCCUGCCAUCAUUGUGAUAUAGCUGACAUUAUUGAAUGCUGAAUAUCAAAAUUUAAAGUAAGUUUAUUAUCAAAGUACAUAUAUGUCACCAUAUACAACCCUAAGAUUCAUUUUCUUGUGGGCAUACUCAAUAAGUAAAAUAAACAUCAUAGUCAAUGAAAGACCACAUCAAAAGUGCAGACAACUAGUGUGCAAAAGACAACAAACUGUGCAAAUACAAGAAGAAAGAAAUAACAGAUAAGCAAUAAGUAUCGAGAAUGUGGGAUGAAGUGUCACUGAAAGUGAGUCCAUAGGUUGUGGGAACGGGUCAGUGAUGGGGUCAGUGGUUCCAGAGGUUGAUGGUUGAGGGAUAGUAACUGUUCCUGAACUGAUGGUGGGAGUUCUGAGGCUCCUGUGCCGCCUUUUUGAUGGCAGCAGUGAGAAGAGAGCAUGGCCUGGGUGGUGGGGGUCCCUUAUGAUGGGUGCUGCUUUCCUGUGACAGUGCUCCAUGUAGACGCGCUCAGUAGUGGGGAGGGCUUUACCCGAGAUGGACUGGGCCAUAUCAACUACUUUUUGUAGGAGUUUCCAUUCAAGGGCUUUGGUGUUUCCAUACCAGACUGUGAUGUAGCCAAGCAAUGUACUCCCCACCGCACAUCUCCAGAAGUCUGCAAGGUUUUAAAUAUGCUGAAUCGCUGCAAACUUCUAAGGAAGUAGAGGUGCUGCCGUGCCUUGUUCAUAAUUGUACUCGUAUGCUGGGCUCGGGACAGGUCCUCUGAAAUGAGAACACCAAAGAACUUAAAAUUGCUGGCCCUCUCCACCCCUGAUCCCCUGAUGAGGACUGGUUUAUGGACCUCCAGUUUCCUCCGCCAGAAAUCCAUCAUCAGUUCCUUUGUCUUGCUGGCGGUAAGAGGUUGUUGUUACAGCACCAUUCAGCCAGAUUUUCAUGAGUAGAGUAGACGGAACUUCAUGCGUAUAGAAACCAGGCAGGUAGGUGGACCGUGAUCUCUCUUAACUGGAAACAUGCCAGUCCUGUGAAUAGAAACAAUGACUCAGGUGUCCCUGUAACCUCGGGAGGAAUGAGUAGGCAGUACGACCAGCACCACCUCCAGGUUUCUAGUAUUGUCUUGCAGUUUUUACAGAAUAUACAACUGUUCCACAACUACUGUUCUCUUGGUAUUGAGGACUUUUUAUCUCGCAGUGCAACAAAAUGAUGGAAAGAUACUUCACAAGUCAUGUUAAUAUCGAACUGGUAGUUACACUUGCUCAAUUGUGUAGUUGGCGUGAUACCUACCGAUGUUUGAGAGUACCCACUCAUUAGUGAUAUUUGCAGCAAAAGCCACUGAAAUUUGUUGUGGCAGAGUUAAAAGACAUUUCAAAUGAUCAUGGGAGGAGAGUUCCUCCAAAUGAGCACAGCCUUUGCUUGAUUCACCUUUGGGAAUUCUCCCAAGUUUGAUUUGCCUUCUGUGUCAAGUUGUUGCCCGUGGCUGGUGCUGCACAGUUGGCCUGCAGCUGAGGGAAUCACAUCAAUACCUGGAGCAGCACGGUAGUGUGGUGUUUAACACAACGCUUCAGUGUGCCAACUACUUGGGUUCAAUUCCCUGCCGCUGCCUGUACAUGCUGUCCUGUGACUGCAUGGGUUUCCUCCCGCAGUCUAAAGAAGUACCAGUUAUCAGGUUAAUUGGUCAUUGUAAUCUGUCUCAUGACUAGGUCAGGGUUAAGUUGGGGGUUGCCAGGCGAAGGCCCAGAAGGGUAUACUCUGCAUUGUAUCUCAUUAGGGCUAGGAACAUCUUCAGGAGAACGGAGCCAAGAAUGGGGUUGUCACUGUAAUUACUUCAAAGAUGUUUCUUCGUUGAGCCUCAAACAUUGUCUAAUAGUUCCAGUUUUUUUUAAAUCCUGAGACGAGAGAUUUUUUUGUACCACUGUGUGAUUUCUUAUCAGUCUCUGCACUGCAGCUUAAGCAAAAGUGAUUCUUGGACAGCCUCUUAAAUUAAGGCUGAAUGGCUCUCCAGGCCCCUUAAGAGCCAGUUGGAAUUAUAAGCUUCCAUAGACCAGGAGUCCAGGAGGUCGACAAUAUACGUUGACAAUAAGUCAGGUGAGGGAUGGAAGUAAGAUGGACAUCGUUUUUUCCACGGCCCUUCUCCUCCUAAAUGCAGCGGAGGAUCAGUUUACACAUGCUGCAAUUUGCACGAGAAGUCAGCCCCAGACUGCAUGCUGAAUCAAUUUUGUUUUGUUCAUGACAUGUCUGCAAUAAUGGGAUUCAAAAAAAAAGCUGGAAUUGUAGAACAGAUAUCUUGUGUCUCUCUUCAACAUGGACAAUGGGGUAGGAGCGCAGCUUCUGAUAAUAUUGUGUAUUAUCAUGGUCUUUCAGCAGUGACUAAUUUGUAAGGACAAAGAACUGAACCCUGUAUUUUAAAACACACCAAGAGGUUUUGAGAAUAACUUGCAUUUGUAUAGCAACUCCUAUAUGAUAGAGUAAGCAAAGGUGUUUAAUGGGCAUACUGUAAAGCAAGUCACUUACUGAAAUAUUGAACAGAUUCUUGACUCAAACAUUAGAUCUAGAAAAAGAAACAGGAAUAUAAAUGGUUUGAAAAUCACCACAGAACAAAUCAAAAAAACUCUUGUUAUAACAUGAAGUUUAUGGGAUUUUUAAAACACUGUCUGCACUAUUUGAUUUGGAGGUUGUCAAUGAUGGGAAUAAUGUAUAGCGUACUAUACACGAACAUGUGGUCAAUUUACUGUUUAAAAAUGUUUUUUUAAAGUAAACAUUGGGCCCAACCUAAACUAAUUUAGAACAUGGUAUGUGGCAGGCUUUAAAUGGAAUCUGGCACAACUGAAGCUAAUGAAUAGUUCUACCUUUGUUUCUCUCAAGGGCUCUAAUGGUAGUUAUGAUUCUUGGAAUGUGUUUGAUAUUAUCAUUAUUCAUGUGUUUAUACCAGUUAGCAUGUUGGGUGAUUUCAAUGGACAUCUAAUAACUUAAUCAUUUUUAUUGUCUUCACUCGUGUCAGCUUGUUACAUUUUUGCUCACACCAUUUAUUUAUGAAUGUUACGCAAGUAAGUUGCAUUGAAAUUUAUUCAAUGAAUUGCAUUAAAGCAGCUGAAAUAUUCCCUUUUUUUUUACCAUUUUGGAUAGCCAGCCUCUGAGUAUGAGUAUUGGUUGGAGAUAAACUUCAUGUUUGGCCCUCUUUGUGAAACAAGGGAGGCUGUGCAUUAUGCACAAAUCCUGGAGGAACUCAGCACACUAGGCGGCAUCUAUGUAAACGAGUACAGUCCAUGUUUCAGGCCUAGACCCUUCAGCAGGACUGCUAAGUGUAGAAGGGUCUUGGCCCGAAAGGUUGACUGUACUCUUUUCCAUAGAUGCUACCUGGCCUGCUGAGUUCCUCCAGCAUUUUGUGUGUGUUGCUUGGAUUUUCAGUAUCUGCAGAUUCUCUCUUCUUUGAGGCCGUGUAUUAUAAUCAUUGUGGUGGUGACUGGCAAGGCUGGUAUUUCCUGCCUAUCCCAACUGUCCAUGGCAAUGUGGUUCACCACAUUUUGCAACCAUCUAUCCAUGUAGUCCAGUUAUCACAGAAGGAUGGUCAAGAAUUUGACCCAUUGGUGUGUAAAGUAUGGCCAGUUCAGAAUGGUGGGUGCCUUGGAAAUGGUGGCAUCACGUCGCUGCCUCUGUCUUUCUCCGUUCCACGACAGGUACGUUCCUACUCUGCAUCUGCUGGUGUUUUGUUGGCUUCACUUCAGACUGUGAUUUCAUGAGAAAAGAAUGUGAUGUGAGCACCUCUCACCAUGCUCUUGUUAUAGCUUUUACUGAUAUGUAAAUCUCUUGGCUCUCAGAGCUUUAAACUCCACCUUGUACUUUUAGGAAGCAAAAAUUUCACCUAAAGGUUAAAAAAACAACUAACCUUAGAUGUAGGAGUAGAUGGAGUUUGCACAUGUCCUGCCAAGCGAUGAGCAAGUGACUGUGUCAAAAUUGGAUAUCACAGCUGGGUUAUUUUGCUGUGCUGCAGAUGAAAUUAUUUUGACAAAGAUUAAGAAAACUUUAAGAAUAGAUCUGGAUUAUCUGGGAAUUAUUCCUUUUCCAUUUUUAAGUUGUGCAUAUACCAAUUCAUAUCAUAUCAUGCAAUGUUUUUAUUUUAUUCUGAGAACUGCAUUGUGUUGCAACAUUGCAAUUAUUCCUUCAGAAGGCAAUAAACUGUUCAUUUUCACUUGAUUUUGCUUGUUAUUACCUCCUGACCUCAGCACUACAGGUGCUAAAUAGGUGUGAAAUAAACCAAACUGAUUGAAUCUUGGCCAAAACUUAUGUAACCUCCAACAUUAGAUUAUUCUUGGCCAGGACAGUUCUGUGCAAAUAUCAGAACUCGGGGAAAUCGGUUACAAGACUGCCAGCUAAAGAACCCGUGGAGAAACAGUGGCUUUGAAAAUUGUUUUCUUGGGAUCAGUAUCAUCAGCACUGCCUUACAUUAUUGCCCUUCCAAAACCAGGGUUCUGCUUCCUUUCCAAACACUUCGUUCGUACACUGAUCCUGAAGCUAGACUUGCAGAUGAACUGUGGUCAACGGAGUGAGGACUUGCUGACGGACUGCCCUUAGUUCCCCAACAGGUACAGGGAUAGGAGUCUACCAUCAGCACAGUGACAUUGUCCUACUAUUUGUACAGUGGAAGAUUCCAGAAAACACCAUUAAUACAUAACUAAGCACUGAGCUGAACUGCAGUAUUAGCGGUUUCUUAGUGUCACUUCACCGCCACAACUCGCCUUUCCUUCCAGGAUGCCUGGCCACCAUCCACUCCUCUCCAAAAGAGAGCUUUUGGCACAUUGGCUUUCAUAAAUCAGAGUACUAAGUAUUGGGAGUUGGGGAUGUUAUGCUGAAGUUGUAUAUGACAUUGGUGAGGCCAAAUUUGGAGUACUGUGUGUAGUUCUGGUCACCUAUCUACAGGAAAAAUAUCAGUAAGAUUGAAAGAGUACAGAGAAAAUUUACAAGGAUGUUAGUCGGAACUUGAGUACAGGGAAAGUUUGAA